ACCUCCCUAAAGCAUAAGCAACGUGACUGCUAUGGAGGGAGAAGCAAUACCAGCUUCUCACAUAUUAGCUUAGGCACUGUGUGUAUUUAUGCCAGUCUCCUCCUUUGUUUGAAAAAAGAAAAAUAAAAAAGGACGUAUUGAUGGGGAAGGUACCGCUAGUGACCCAUUACAUGGCCUGCAGGAAGCGCUCCUUGUUAUGUCGCACAGAAGCAAGGAAAUUCUCCCACCCACGGCCGGAAGAUGUUAACGCCAUCAAGGUGAGCUGCGUCGGAUCCUGCGGCGUAUCGAACAAGAUCAACGACUCGGCCUGGACCGUCGAGGAGCAGUACUUCAACUCCACCCUCUCCCUGGCCGAUAAAGGAACUCUGACGGCCGGCGAGCACAACUUCUCCUUCCAGUUCCUGCUACCAGCUUCGGCCCCCACAUCUUUCGAAGGUCCUUUCGGGAAGGUCUUGCACCAGGUCAAAGCGGUGAUAGAGACGCCGCGUUUUUCCAAAGACCACAAAUGCAGCAAGAUCUUUUACGUCCUUUGCCCGCUGAAUUUGAACGACAUCCCUGAAAUCGAGCAACCCAACACCACGGCUAUCACCAAGAAGUUUAGCUACAAACUUGUCAAAACGGGCAACGUGGUGUUGACGGCCAUGACGGACCUCAAGGGCUACGUGGUGGGGCAGGUGAUUCAGUUGCAGACCCACAUCGAGAACAAAUCCGGCCGGGACACGGGCACUGUGGUCGCGAGCCUCAUCCAGAAAGUUGCGUACAAAUCCAAGCGAUGGAUUUAUGACUUGAGGACCAUCGCGGAAGUGGAGGGCUCAGCUGUGAAAGCCUGGAAACACGCCGAGUGGAAAGAGCAGAUCCUGGUGCCGGCGCUGCCCCAGUCUAUCCUCCAGGGUUGCAGUCUCAUCCAUAUUGAUUAUUACAUCCAGGUUUCUCUCAAAUCUCCCGAAGUCUCCAUCGCUCUCCCGAUUUACAUCGGCAACAUUCCUGUCAACCGAAUCCCGCUGAGCCCAGCCCGGUCGGUUCCCCACAUCCCCUCGCCGGUGGUUCCCAGCGCGCCGCCUGAGGACGAGGAGGCUACGGGGGGCUACCUCCCCCACCCCAUGGACAACGUCUCCAUCCCCACCAAGAGCCACUCCCAGCAGCAGCAGCAGCCACCUUUCAGUUACGCGCCCGGCCUGAGCUUCCCAGAGGUCCGGCUCGACUCGGAGCAGACGGGCUCCCCAAACCACCCCACCCUCUGCCUGUCGACGGGGGCCACGGUCCCCUAUUACGCCGAGGGGGCGGUGGUGCCCAUUCCCACCGCCAGCACCCUCAUCCUGCCUCCGGAGUACAGCACCUGGGGCUACCCCUACGAGGCGCCCCCAUCAUAUGAGCAAAGUUGCAGCAGUGCAGCCUCCAGCUUGAGCAACGGGAACUAGGCUGACGAGCGGGACUCUCGUCAGGAAGGACGGACCAUCCAAAGCCUCGCCAGGAGGGGGUGGCCUCCCUGUACGCCACCCUCGAGACCCCCUCCGGCAACGGCUGGCUGACCCCCCCUGUGGGUGCCUUGCCCGGCAGCGUCUGUCCUUGCUGCUUGGCUGAUCCGAGCGACCGUGAUGCCUUACCCGAAAUGGGACUGCGCCGUCUUUUGCCUGGGCGUGUUUGUGUGUGCGAGAGGAAAAAAAAUGUAUAGACGUGGAGGUGAACCUAUCCUUCCACGACAACAUCCCUCGUGGUGUCUGUUGGCUUCGCAGACGGGAGCCAACGCCCCCCCCCCGGGGUGCCAACAGGUCUGCCUUAGCGGCUGGAGGAUGGCCGAGCGUGUGUUAAUGCUGGUUUGCCCUCUUUGGCUGUGGGGCUGAAGGAAUAAAGCGACAGUGCCCUGAGGAACAGCCGGGGAGCAGCAGGCAGCAUUCCACCGGUAGAGAGAGCAAUUGCGGGAGAGCGAUUCCCCCCCCCUUUCUUUCCUCUGCUUGAAGUUUAACACACGGCUUGUGUUGGCAGUCGCCCCUGCUGCCUACACAGAGGGUGAGGAUGAGGCCCUCCCGAUGGCUCUGGAUGGCCUUUCCCAUCUCCCCAGCUCACAGAUUAUAACCUAGCCUCCAGAGAGCUGGUUUUGUGCCUGGGGGGGGACCCUUCCUUCCAAAUUGGGGAUAGGAUCAUCCUAAUGUUGACCGCUGCUGACAGUGUGUCUGCUUCUGUUUUUUGACGACAACUCCCCAGAUUUCCAAGGCAGCCUAGCUAUUGAUGAUGCAGGGAUUUAUAGUCUAAAAAUACCAAAAAGGUGCACCUGAGCCAUUCUUACUGGCCUUUUCACAGCUGCUAUAAGCGAUCUGGGGGUAGAAAUACGCCUUUUCAACCACAGCCUUCUAUCCCGUGGCACCUUAUUGUGGUUUGGAGAAGUUGCUUAUUCCAAAACCCGCAAGCCAGCCGGAGAGGGGCUUCUUGGCCACCUCUGUCCCAGGAAGGCUUCUAGGAGGGGGGGGAGAGAAACUUUUCCAAGCUC